AUGCGGUCGAGGGGGCCCCCUACCGAGCGGAGGCUGGGGGUGGCCCCGGAGGUGAUGACCCGCUGCGUCUUCAUGGUUGGGGCCACAGCGCCUGCCCCCGGCAGGCUAGGAGGAGCAGACCAUAUGCUCAUGCGAGAGGCCUGGGGACCUCAGGAGGAUGUAGGCUCCGGGAACGAAAAUCAACAUGGAAUUUCUGAAGAAAAGAAGUCAGCGAGGGCUGCAUGGAAACUCCAAAGGCAGAUCACCCAGGAAUGUGAGUUAGUUGAAACCAGUAAUUAUGACAGAUUAUUGAAGCACUGGGUAAGCUCCUUUAAAGGAUGCAGUGAGACAUCUCCUUCCCAAGAGAGAGGUAUCAGGGAAAUGUAUAUUAUCCCCAAGAAAGCCAUUGUGGGAGAGAUUGGCCAUGGAUGUAAUGAAGGAGAAAAAAUACUUUCUGCAGGAGAAAGCUCCCAUAGAUAUGAGGUUAGUGGCCAAAACUUCAAACAUAAGUUAGGAUUAACUGAACAUCAGAAAAUUCAUAAUAUAAAUAAGACUCAUGAAUGUAAGGAAUGUGGAAAAACCUUCAACAGGAGUUCAAACCUGAUCAUACAUCAGAGAAUUCAUCCUGGAAAUAAACCAUAUGUGUGUAAUGAAUCUGGGAAAGACUCUAAUCAAAGUUCAAAUCUUAUACAUCAGAGAAUUAAUACAGGAAAGAAACCUUAUAUGUGUCAUGAAUGUGGAAAAGACUUCAAUCAGAGCUCUAAUCUGGUGAGACAUAAGCAAAUUCACAGAGGCGGGAAUCCCUAUGAGUGCAAAGAGGUGAAGGCUUUUAAGGGAAGCUCAAACCUUGUCCUACACCAGAGAAUCCACAGUGUGGGAAGCAUGUUUAUGCACAAAUGUGGGAAGGCCUUCAGUCAAAGUUCACACCUUGCUACACAUCAGAGAAUCUACAGAGAGAAACUCCUCAAGUGUAAUGAAUGUGAAAGCCUUUGUAAGCAGCAUUUUCACCUUACUGAACACCAGAGACUCCACAGUGGAGAGAAACCCUAUGAAUGUCAAGCAACGUGGGAAGACCGUCAGGCACACAACUUUCUCAAACAUCAGAGACUGCAUGGAGAGAAAGUUGAAGAAUGUGAGAAACCCUUCAGCAAGGAUGAGGAGCUUACAGAAGAGCAGAGACUUCACGAGGAAGAAAAAGCUUAUUGGUGUAAGCAGUGUGGUAGGAAUUUCCUAGGCAGCCUGGGGACUCUAUGGGGACAUCAGGUAACCCAUACAACAGAGAAACCGUAUGAAUGUAAAGAAUGUGGGAAAACUUUCAAUCAGAGGUCAAACCUUGUGAGACAUCACAGAAUUCACAGUGGAAAACCUCCCUAUCAGUGCACUGAAUGUAGGAAAGCUUUCAGGCUGAGUUCCCUCCUUAUUCAACAUCGGCGAAUUCACAGUGGUGAGAAGCCCUAUGAAUGUAGUGAAUGUGGGAAAUCCUUCAGCUACAGAUCACACCUUGUUACACACCAGAAAAUCCAUACUGGAGAGAAGCCCUAUCAGUGCACUGAAUGUAGGAAAGCUUUCAGGCAGCUGCCCGUCCUUAUUCGACAUCAGAGAAUCUAAGGUGAGAAGCCCUAUGAAUGUAUGAAUGUGGGAAACUCUGCGGGCGCCCGGCUUUCCUCUGGGGACACUCAGAGAUUGCAUGCUGGAGAGAAACUUGAAUGUGAGAAAACCUUUAGCAAGGAUGAGGAGCUUAGGAGAGAGCAGAGAACUCACUAGGAAGAGAAAGCUUAUUGGUGUAAUCAGUGUGGUAGGAAUUUCCAGGUCAGCUCAGACUUCAUCAGACAUCAGGUAACUCAUACAGGAGAGAAACCCUACGAAUGUAAAGAAUGUGGGAAAAAUCUCAAUGAGAGCUCAGGCCUUCUGAAACAUCAUAGAAUCUAGGAGAAAACUCAUAUAUGCACCAAAUGUGGGAUCUUUAGGGGAAGCUCAGAUCUUAUUAGACACCAUCGUAUCUUAUAUAGGAGAGAACCUAUGAAUGCUCUGAUGUGUGGUAAGGCCUUCAGUGGGCAGACAGCUUUUCUUCAACACCAGAAACUCUACAUUGGAAAGGAAUUUGAGGACUGUAAGAGAGUCUACCAACAGGACCUAUUGUAAUAGAUAGCAGAAACCUAAUGAAUAUAGUAAAACUACAAAAAGCCUGAUGGAGACCACAUCUUAUUGUAAUUACAGAUGGGUUUUAUUAGGAAAACCAUGUAAAGGUGGGAAAGCAUAGAAAAUUCCUGCUGGAGUUUUCAACGAUGUAAGUAUAAUCAAGUGAAAGCUAAAAAGCUCUUGAACGUAAUCAACUUUUUUUCUGUCUCAGAAUUGACACUAGAAUAUGGUCCAAUAUACAAUUUUUAAAAUUAUUUAUUUUUUUAAAAUACAAAGAGACGCAGGUUCACCAUGUUGCCCAGGCUGGUCUUGAACUCCUGGCACAAGCAGUCCUC